UCUAUCAAAACAAAAAACCUGUUGGGUGUUGGGUCUUGUCUUCUUGGUAGCUAGACGUUAUCACAUUCUAACAAAAGCAUUUUGUUGCUCCUGAAAAUAUAAUCGUUGUGUAAAAAUCUUUAAAAAUUCGUACACAUGUAACAGUGUAACACUAAGCGGUCAGUGUUCUGCUGUUACACCAGAUUAUUCUACAAAACUUUGUGUGCUGUUCUGUACAUUCUUUCUGCUGCUGUUACCAAAUACCAACCUCCUAAUUAUCAAAGGGAAAUGUCUGGUAAAUUCAAAUUUGCAAUUGACCGAGGUGGAACUUUUACUGAUGUCUAUGCUAUUUGCCCUGAUGGAAAAGAGAGAGUAACAAAACUACUUAGCGUUGAUCCUUCAAAUUAUCCUGAUGCUCCAAGAGAGGGAAUCAGAAGAAUUCUUGAAGAAGAGUUGGGAAUCAAAAUGCCUGCUGGCCAACCAGUGGAUACCUCAAUGAUUGAAUGGAUAAGAAUGGGAACAACUGUAGCCACAAAUGCCUUGCUCGAAAGAAAAGGGGAGAGAAUGGCUCUAGUUAUCACUAGUGGAUUUAGAGACCUUUUGUAUAUUGGGAACCAAGCCAGACCAAAAAUCUUUGACUUGAAAAUUGAAAUGCCUGAAGGCUUGUAUGAAGCAGUCAUUGAAGCUAAAGAACGAGUCAUUUUGGACCAUCCAACGUGCCAAUUAACCACGAAAGGAAGGCAGGUAGAUGCAACUAAUGGCGAGAAACUAUGGGUCAUCGAAGAACUUGAUCAAGAACAUCUAAAAAGUGAACUGAAAAAGAUUCAUGAGAUAGGAAUUUCAAGCAUCGCUGUAGUGCUAAUGCACUCUUACAUAUAUCCUGUUCACGAGGAAAUUAUUGAAAAGAUUGCCCGUAGCGUAGGAAUUCAAAGUGUCUCGUUAUCGUCCAAGAUUAUGCCUAUGAUGCGAAUCGUUCCUCGAGGCUUUACAGCUGCGUCAGACGCCUAUCUGACUCCUCACAUCCAGCGUUAUUUGCAGGGUUUCUGUUCUGGAUUCAAAAACGAGCUCGAAGGUGUAAACGUUCUGUUCAUGCAGAGUGACGGUGGUCUGACACCAAUGGAUACAUUUAGUGGCUCCCGUGCCAUUCUGUCUGGCCCGGCUGGAGGUGUAGUUGGUUAUGCACGCACGCUUUACGGAUCGGUCUCAAAUAAUCUGCCUGUCAUCGGCUUCGAUAUGGGCGGUACAUCGACAGAUGUCAGUCGCUACGACGGUGCAUGGGAGCAUGUAUUUGAAACCACAACCGCCGGUGUAACUAUUCAGGCCCCUCAGCUUGAUGUCAAUACUGUGGCAGCAGGAGGUGGAUCGAUGCUGUUUUUCCGCGAUGGAAUGUUUGUUGUGGGUCCUGAAUCGGCUGGAGCCCAUCCCGGUCCCACUUGCUACAAGAAAGGGGGACCCCUGACUGUGACGGAUGCCAAUCUUCGGCUCGGCCGUCUGAUUCCUGACUAUUUCCCCAAGAUUUUUGGAAAACAUGAAAAUGAACCUCUAGACUCGGCUUCUACCACGAAAGCGUUUCAACAACUUACCAUGCAGGUGAACGAGCGCUUCGACAUGACUGAGGAAGAAGUCGCUAUGGGAUUCAUCAAUGUCGCCAACGAGGCCAUGUGUCGACCGAUCCGCGCCCUUACCCAAGCCAAAGGCCACGAUACUUCACGCCACGUAUUGGCGUGCUUUGGUGGUGCGGGAGGGCAGCACGCCUGUGCCAUUGCUCGUAGCCUCGGCAUGAAAGUCGUACUGAUUCAUCGGUACUCCGGAAUCCUGUCUGCUUACGGCAUGGCCCUGGCAGACGUCGUUCGUGAGGAGCAAGAAGCUUGUAGCAAACCCUACCAAAUCGAUCAUUUCAAGUACAUCGAUCAAAGAAUUGCUCAGUUAGCAGAGCGAUGUCGAGACUCCCUGCUGGAGAGAGGCUUUCGUUCAGAUCAGAUACAUACCGAACCGUAUCUUCAUAUGCGCUACGAUCGAACGGACUGCGCCCUGCUUUGUGAACCAGCAGAUUGUGAUGAUAAAGGAUCAAAUCAAAUGACUUUGCACGGCGAUUUCAUGAAAUCGUUUAUCGAAAAGUAUAAAACGGAGUUUGGCUUCAGUAUUGAUGGGCGUCUAGUAAUUGUCGACGAUAUUCGCGUUAGAGGGAUCGCUAAAACGGGAAUUCAAACAGUCAAAACUCUCUCGGCUGCCUCUUCGCCAGCGACUGCUGUUGCGACAAGCCCCAUCUACUAUGAAGGGGGUUACAGGGAAUGUGAAGUCUUUUUGUUAAAAGAUCUCUUACCAGGUCACUCCAUUCCGGGCCCAGCUAUGAUUAUUGAUCAACUAGGUACCAUUAUUGUUGAACCCAACUCGACAGCUGAGUUGACUGUCCAAGGUGACUUGCGAAUUACCAUUCACGACGCGCCGACCAACAAGAUUAGUCUAGAACUCGAUGCCGUUCAGCUUUCGAUUUUCUCGCAUCGUUUCAUGAGUAUUGCAGAGCAGAUGGGAAGAAUCCUUCAACGCACUGCCGUUUCCACCAAUAUCAAAGAGCGAUUGGAUUUUUCUUGCGCUUUAUUCGGACCCGAUGGAGGAUUAGUUUCAAACGCCCCACAUAUUCCUGUUCAUCUCGGAGCAAUGCAAGAAGCUGUCCAAUAUCAAUUACGUUCAAGAGGUAGCGAUAUACUUCCGGGCGAUGUUUUUCUAUCAAACCAUCCGUCGGCUGGUGGAUCUCAUCUACCUGAUCUCACUGUUAUCACUCCUGUCUUUUGGGAGAAUCAACCAAAACCAGUGUUUUAUGUUGCAAGUCGUGGACAUCACGCUGAUAUCGGGGGUAUAACACCUGGUUCUAUGCCACCACAUUCGCAUACUUUGAAUGAGGAGGGAGCUGUUUUUACAAGCUUCGUGUUGGUACGUAAUGGAGAGUUCAAAGAGGCGGAACUUGUUGACGCUUUAAAUGCUCCUGGUAAGGUAGACAUACCUGGCGCUUCCGGCACGCGUAAUUUGCAUGAUAAUUUGUCUGACCUUCGUGCUCAAGUAGCAGCUAAUCAAAAGGGUAUCGGCCUCGUAAGCGAACUGAUGGCCUAUUAUGGCAUAGAAGUGGUUCAGCAGUACAUGAGUUAUGUGAGACACAAUGCUGAAAAUGCCGUUCGGUCAUUGCUCAAAGAAGUAGCCAAGAAGUCUGGGCGAAUGCUGAAAGCUGAGGAUUUCAUGGAUGAUGGAACCAAUAUCCGUUUAUCGGUCGAUAUUGAUCCGAAUCAAGGAUCCGCCACAUUUGACUUUACUGGGACCGGCUGCCAAGUCUGGGGAAACACGAACGCUCCUCGUGCCGUUUCGUUGUCGGCGAUCAUUUACUGUUUACGUUCCCUUGUGGGUCAUGACAUUCCGCUUAAUCAAGGUUGCCUUGUUCCAGUCCAAGUCAUCAUUCCGGAAGGCUGUCUUCUCAAUCCCUAUCCUGAAGCCGGCGUAGUGGGUGGCAACGUUUUGACCUCACAGCGGGUGGUAGACGUUGUCCUCAAAGCUUUUGGAGCUUGCGCAGCUUCACAGGGCUGUAUGAACAACAUAACGUUUGGCGACGAAACCAUGGGAUAUUACGAGACGGUAGCUGGUGGGUCAGGCGCUGGAUCCACCUGGAACGGAAGGAGCGGAAUACAUUCCCACAUGACCAACACGCGAAUAACUGACGCAGAGGUGCUUGAACGCCGGUACCCAGUCAUCUUGCGAUCCUUUUCUCUUCGAAACGGAAGUGGAGGACUUGGAAAACAUCGAGGUGGGGAUGGAAUCAGCAGGGAGCUUCUAUUCCGGAAAACAAUGACUUUAUCAGUGCUCACCGAGAGGCGUGUGUACGCUCCCUACGGACUAGAAGGCGGAGAAGAAGGUGCCAAAGGAAGCAAUUCAUUACUUCGUCGAGAUGGAGUAUUAUUGAAUUUGGGGGCGAAAUGCUCAGUUCCCGUUCAUGCCGGAGACAGUUUUAAACUUCUAACUCCGGGCGGAGGUGGAUAUGGCCGAAAAGAUGACGAAAAUAACGAACCUAAUUCACCGUCGAUCGCGAUAAAAUUUACCGAGCGAGGAAGCGUUUACGAAUUUCGUUCUCUACAAGAAUCGGCUUAAAUUGUUUCAACCCAUAGAUAAUUUUCCGUUAGACAGAAAUGGAAGAAGAAUGUGUUAAAGGCCAGAAACCCGAAUAUCUUCAGUGGGGUCUGUUCCGGUGAGGGGAAUUUUCUAGUAGUUUUCAAGUCUGUUGUAAUAGAUUUAUAAUCAUUUAAUAUAAAAGUUUAUCGUUGACUUAA